AACCAAAAAAAAAACAUCAUUCAAAGAAAACCAAAAAGGCACAAAUAUAUUUCCAAAAGUGGUUAAAAUCUGACUGACAACACAAUAUGGAAACAUCAGCCGAACGAUUAAGACAGGCUGUUCGUGAUGGUUAUCUAGAAAUAUUACGUAAUGCAACACGUAAAGAAUGUAAUCAUCCGGAUGAUGAUGGUAUGACUGCAACACAUUGGGCAUCAUAUAGUGGACAGUUAAAUGCAUUACGUAUUAUUGUUGGUCGAGGUGGUGAUCCUGAAAAAUGUGAUAAUUUUGGUAAUACAGCAUUACAUUGGGCUGCACAAAAUGGCCAUAUAAAAUGUGUUUCAUUUUUAAUAUCAUUCGGUGUUAAUUUAUGGUCAAUGGAUAAUGAAUAUCAUACGGCUAAAGAAGUAGCCGCCCUAAAUAAUCGUAAUCAAAUUGUUGAUCUUAUUGAUCAUGUUGUUGCACAACAAAGUGCAUUAAAUUCUCGUACUGUAAUACGAUUGAAAGAGAAGGCACGAAUCGAUGCAGAAAAACGUAUAAAAUUAUUUCGAAAAUUACAACAAAAAACUAUACGACAAGCGGAAAAAGAUGAACGUAAAAAAAGAGAGAAAAAUUUUUUAAUGAAAAGAAAUCUUUGCCUAAUCAAUACAAACAAAGCUGGAUCGACAACAAUCAUCGAUAAUAAUGAUCAACAAACAUAUGAUGAAUUAUUUAAUAUUUAUGAUACAUUAGAUAUGGCAACAAAGAAUGCCAUUACACGAAGUCAAUUGCAUAAUGUUGGUGGUGGUAAUUCAAAUGUUGUGCCGAAAUUUUCCGAUCUUGUCAAUGGUAAUAGUGUUGGUGGUGGUAGUAUAAAAUCAUCCGUUGGUACUAAAAUGCCGAAAAUUUUAUCAGGUGUUUCUCGUAAAGUAUUGACAAGAAAACUUAAUAAUUCUACCGAUACGAUUAAAUCAAAUUCAACUUAUUCAACAAUUGCUGAUGGAACAUGUCGUUCAACACAAUCAAUGAUGGUUGGCAUACGUCGUGAUGAUCAUAUUGUUUAUGUACCAAAAUUUAAUUCAUUGAGCGUAAAUGAUCUACUUGCAGCAACUGGAAAAAAAUCAAAUGAUCAACGAAAAGAAAAAGAUGAUGAUAAAGAUACUGUUAAUGAGGAUUGUUCAAACAACAAUAGUUAUUCAAGAUUACCAUUAAAAGAUGUUUUCGAUGAUAAUAAUCGCCACUUUCAAUCACAACAGCAACAAAAAACGAUAUCAUCGACUAUUCAAAGGCGAUCAACAACAACAACGAAUAAAUUAACCAGUACAUUCAAUCGAAAUAACAUAAAAACAACGUUGAAAAAUAAAUUAUUAAAAUUGAAUCGAUUAGGUAAUGAUCGAUCAUCUCCUUCUUCGACAAUUAUCGAUUCGAAAACAAAACUAAUUCGAGCACGAUCGGAACCGGAUUUUCUUCAAAUUAAUUCAUUGUUAGAUAAAAUUGAUGAUGAUGAUAAAAUCGAUAUGAUGGGAACAACAACAAGUAGCAUAUUUGAACGACCUGGAUUCGGUUCGGUUUCAUUUCGUGGAAAAUUUACACCCGAUUUAAUGUUUUCAACAACCACAACAAAUCAAUACGAUGAUGAUGAUGAUAAUGAUAAUAAUGGUAACGAAUCCGAUGAUUCUGGCCAAGAUCAUAAUAGUAAUGGUAGUAAUAGUACAGGUGGUUUAAAUCAUCAAAAUAUUGAUAAAAAUAAUGACAUAAUUGAUUGUGAUUUGAUAAAAAAUAAUCCAUCAAUCGUUCAAACAUGGCCUGAACGUGAUAGUAUAACAAGCGAUAGUAUUGGUAGUGCCGGAAGUCUUGUACAUACAGAUAUUAUUGAUUUUUCUGAUAUUGAUUAUAUUGAUGAUCAUAUUGUUAUUAUCGAUAAUGAUGAUAAUAUUAAUAAUAAUAUUACAACAAUAUCCGUAUUAUUAUUUUUAUAUGCCAAUGAUCUAAAAGAUUAUUAUGAAAUAUUUGAAAAUGAACAAAUCGAUAUCGAUACAUUGAUGAUGUUGGAAGAAUCAGAUUUAAAAAGUUUAGGUAUACCAUUUGGACCAAGAAAAAAACUGAUGACAGCCAUUAAUCAACGUCGAAAAAUAUUAUCAAAUCAUCAUCAUCAUCAUCAUCAUCAUCAUCAGAAUAAUAAUUACAAACAUAAUAAUAAUGAUGAAUUUGAUGUAUUUGAAACAAGAUUAUAAGAUUUUAAUUUAUAAUUUUAAUUUUAUUUUUGAACAGAAAAAAAUGAAACUUUUGUUUUCAAAAUGA